AUGGUCGGCAGCGGCGCUCCCAACACCGUCUACGGUCUAUUUCUAUGUAGGGGCGAUGUUAACACCGAUGCCUGCCAACAAUGUGUGGAAAAUGCUACAACUGAAGUCCUACAAGUUUGUCCCAAGGAAAAACGGGCAACUAUCUGGUACGACUAUUGCAUGUUACGCUACUCAAAUGAAUCUAUAUUCUCGAGGGUAGAGCAGUCGUUUGCUGUAUACCUGUAUAAUACGCAGAACAUUACGGAUGAACCCAAUAGGUUCAGACAGUUAUUAGGAGAGACGAUGAAUGAAAUAGCAUUGGAAGCUAUUAAUAGUAGUCUCCCCGGUAAGAAAUUUGCUACAAAAGAAACUAACUUCACGGCGUUUGAAAACCUGUAUACACUGGCACAGUGCACGCCGGAUCUUUCGAGUGGUGAUUGCGAUACCUGCCUUCGAAGUGCGAUCCCGCAAUUAAGAACAUGUUGUGAUAAUAAGAAAGGAGGAAGAGUUAUUGGCGAAAGCUGUAAUAUUAGGUAUGAGACUUACCCCUUCUUCAAUUCUACUGUGGCCCCUGCACCACCGCCUACUCCAAAUAUUCCUCCUAUUCAGCCACCGCCUCCCUCGCCUUCUACAAGCAGUCAAGGAAAUGGUGGAAUUUCAAAACAAGUUAUUAUUGCCAUCGUUGUUCCAAUUGCUGUUUCCUUGGUGCUUUUCUUCAUAGGCUGCUUCUUCUUCUUGAAAUGGAAGAAACCUUAUGAUGCUGUCAGUGAGGAAAAUGACGAAGGAAAUGAGAUUUCAUCAGUUGAAUCCUUGCAAUUUGACUUGAAUACUAUUGCGCUUGCUACCAACAACUUUUCUGCAGAAAACAAAAUUGGUGAAGGUGGAUUUGGUAGUGUCUACAAGGGUACUCUCUUAAAUGGACAAGAAAUAGCUGUGAAGAGACUUUCCAAAGGAAACACGAGUAGGAUUGUUGGGACAUAUGGUUAUAUGUCUCCGGAGUAUGCAAUGCACGGACAGUUCUCUGUAAAAUCUGAUGUUUUUAGCUUUGGCGUCCUUGUUUUGGAAAUCAUAAGCGGCAAAAAGAAUAGCAGCUUCUACCAAUCAGAUGGUGCUGAGGAUCUCAUAAGCUAUGCUUGGAAGCUUUGGAAAGACAAUAGACCCUUGGAAUUGAUGGAUCUAACAUUACAAAACGCAUUCGCUAGGAAUGAAGUAAUUCGAUGCAUUCAGAUUGGCUUACUGUGCGUUCAAGAAGAUGUUGAUGAAAGACCAAACAUGACUUCGAUACUUUUGACGCUCAAUAGUUUUUCAGCCACUCUUGCUGUUCCUCGUCAACCUUCAUCUUUUAUGCGUAGUAGAACACAGAGCUUGCCCAAAGUGCAAGAUUCAGACAAAUCCACGUCGAGCUCGACAGCCAUCUCUAUAAAUGAAACAUCAAUUUCUGAAUUAUAUCCUAGAUAG